GUCGGUAUAGUAGUUAAGGCUACUUAUUUGAAUAAAAGGGUAUGCAUCGCUUUACAGUCGGUCUACUGAAUUAGUUGGAGGAUGAAUGUUCUGAAGACUCUAUAUUGGUGUGGUGGUAAAGAUGGGAAUAAACCAUAUGAUUCGCCUGUUGAACUUCAACACGGUAGUGGUGUUCCUGAUCUGUCUAUCGUGACUACUGAAGCAGACUACUGUGCUCUUAAGUGUGAUUUGGUUGAUUUGCUGUUGACAUUACUUGUUGAUGAAUUUGAUCCUACAAACAGAAAGUUGUUGAGUGUACUGAUUGACAAAUGCGUUGAGAAGGAUCCUGAAUUCAUAUUCAAGAUCGCUCUUCAUUUUCAUAAAUUGUUGAAUAUUCGAAAGACAGCCAAUUUGUUAAUUUCGAUAGCUUGCUUUUAUGCUCAGUGCCGCGUUUUCAUAAAGAAGUAUUUUAAUGCAUGCAUUUGUACACCCUUCGAUUGGAUAGAAGUUGCAGAGUGCUAUGCAUCGUUGAGCGGUGAUCCGAAACUUAGAGGAAUGCCAAAAGCAUUAAGAAAGUGUAUGGUCUCAAAGUUUUGUGAAUUUGAUCAGAAUCAGUUAGCUCAAUGCAAGCGAAGGCUGAGUAGUGCCUGUUCUUCUCAGUGCAAGGUCAGUGGACGAGGUGCAGGUGAUGCCGCAGUGGAUGCCGUAACAGACACUUUACAAUCAAGGCUAGUGGAUCCUUCUCCGAUUCAUUUUACAUUGAAAGAAGUCGUUCGUAAGUUGCACAUAUCGAAACCUGCAUUAAACGUCAUGUGUAUUCUUGGAAAAUUGUAUCCUAAUGAUGUCACUACCUUCUCAAAAACGGGGUUAGAAGGGGAUUGGGAUGCUAGUAAAGCUGGUGUAUGCAUGAAACUCCCCGUUCACCCAAAAUGGAAAGUAGAGUUAGCUUCUGGCAAAAGUCGUGAUGCUUGGACAAAGAUUAUAAUGUCUGGUGAUCUUUGUCAUGAAUUAAUUCUGAGAAAUCUAAAAAGUAUCUUAUGCUCACGCAUUUCUCAAACUGGACAUGAUAUUGUUUUACAGAGAUUGUCAGAUGCGGAAUUGGUCAUUGAAGGAAAACAGUUGCCAUUUGUUUACCUUACAGCGUAUAUCACCGUUGAGAAACUUCAUGAUAUGCUGUCUAUGACUGCAAAUCGUAAACGUUUAAAAGACAUGCGUUUACAAGAAAGCAACAAAAUUCGAUCGAAGUACCUAUAUAGAUCCAGGAGGUCUAGAGUAAGAUCUUUGAACAUUAAUAAGGGGCUAUUGAACAAAUACCUAUUGGCUUUAACUAAAGCUAUGAGCUUGUCAACUCGUUACAAUUUGUCUCCUAUACGUUGUUCAGUUUUGGUUAUUUGUUCUUUAUGCUCAGGAUUUGAGCUUCAAAAAAUUAGGAGAUCUACUAGAGUGAAAGCUAUCAUAAAUGUGUUAAGCUUUAUUUAUGGUGCAAUAUGUAAUGCUAUAUGUGAGAAUGCAGUCAUUUAUUUUGUAGUGGAUAAUGACUACAAUGUCGCUUCCAUAAAUAGAAUGCUAUUACUAUUAUAUAGUUCACUGUGGCACACAGAGGAAAAUAAAAAAGACACAUCAUUGUUUCGAUCACCCAACCCACCAUUAAUGGAUAAAAUAAAACUGAUUUACAAAAAUCGUAAAUUGUGGGAAAGUUACUCCUUAUCAUUAACACUGGAUAGGUUUAGUGCAUUUCGCAGAAAGUUUGAUAAGGUCAUUGUAUUUGGAGAUUGCCCUGAUAGUAUUGCAAAAUAUGUUGUGAAUUACCGAGCAAACAUUGGUCCUAUCAAGGCUAUUUGGAAUAAUCUUAGUGGGAACGAUAAAUGGUGCACUUCAUUCCCAAUGACGGGAUGGAUUGAAUUGAAAGGAUUAGUAGAUAAUAUUUUCAAAUAUUUAUCGUUACCGGAUGACAAAUGUUUAGUAGAACAAAUCGAUAAAAUUGAUGAAACUUACAAACUGAAUUCCAUGUUUGACCUACCUCUUCAAAUGAACCUAUCAAGUGAACAACAAGGUCACAAUAAACUUUCUCAAAUAAAAUCAUCUCAAGAGAGUUUCUGCCGCGUGUAUAUAUCAUCAUCUUACAUUGACAUGCACGCGGAACAUGAUCUGAUUUACCAUACUUUAGUGCCAAAUUUGUGUCAAAAUGUUGCACAAACGUGCAGUACUUGCCUUGAUCUAGUUGAUCUACGUAUUGGUGUUCCUGAAUCAAUCACCUGUAGUCUCAUAGCUUUGGAAAUGUAUUUGAAACAAGCAGCAGCCUCUGAUAUAUUUAUCCUGUUAUUGGGUGAUAAAUAUGGUUGGGUUCCCGAUGGAUCGUUAGUUAGAGCAUUGCCUGAUUCACUUCUAGCUGAAGUCAAUAAAUUUUACAAGCUUGGAAUGUCUGUCACAGAAAUGGAAUAUCAUAUGGUGAAACUAGCUGCCGUAAAUAAAUUGUCCAGAUCAAGUUUCAACAUGUUUCCUUCUACAGUGUUCGUAUUCAUUCGAGAUUUUAAUACAAGUGACAUACCGAAUGAAUAUGGACAAAUAUUUCGUGAUCACGAUCCAGUCAAUCUUCAUCACCUCGAUGCGUUCAAACAACUCUUACUGAAUGAUGGAGUUUCUAUCCUCAGUUACUCUGCUCGAUUCAUUGGUGUAAUUGAUGACCGUCCGAUGAUGGGAAAUCUAGAUAACUUUGCAAAUCAAUUUAUAUCAACACUAGAAUCAACGCUUAAGAGAUUAUAUUACAACCCUGUAAAUGACGCUAUUAAAUCGUCAAUGGUUACGUCGUCUGAUGAUAAUGAUGAACUGAUAGAUAUUUCAGAACUUUUUGCAACUUAUGUGAAUCCAAUAGCUUGUAAUAUAUCACCACGACAUUUGCUAAAUAUACAACAUGCCUUUAAAACAAUGAUUGGAAAAUGUGUUCCGACUUAUUUCACUGGCCAACAUACAAAAUCUGAUGAAUCUUCAAAUACAACUUCUAAGAACGUUAGAAUUGAAGAUAGAACCUCAAACGAUCAAA